UUCGUGGUAGUGUAACUUUUCAAAUUAAAUUGACACAACCGGAGUCUGUUGGCCAACUACUGAUUAGAUAGUGUCUUUAUAUAACGUUCGCUCAGUUAGAGACUAGCAACAUUCAUCUGUCUUCAUUCAAGAGAGCAACACUGCAGAGACACCGUUGAGAAAAUGGCUUUCUACAUCCAGAGUGUGCAUUCGAAAAAAUACUUGGAUAUUAAGGACAAUAACGACUGUAAGGGAGCAGAAGUAAUUAUUUUCGACUUCACCGGUGGCAAGAACCAGCAGUGGAAAUACAAGAACGGGAAUAUCGUCAGCGAACUUAACGGGCUUGUUCUUGAUAUUGAGAGAGGUGAAGAGAGCGGGAAGAUCAUAAUGUGGAGCAAGAAUGGAGGAGACAACCAGAAGUGGACCUUCGAAGAUGAUUUCACGAUCAAGAGCGGGCUGAAUUUCGUGCUAGAUGUGAAAGACGCCUCGAAGGAUAACCACACGAACCUCCUAGCCUUUUCUGGGCACGGAGGAGACAACCAAAAAUUCCGUGUCGUGCCAGUUAAUGAUGACUGAGCUAUUACCCGAUUUCUAUUAUACAUUCAACCACUGAUAGAUGACACAUCUUUUCUAUACAAAGAAUAAAGCUUAUAUGUCUUGUAACUUGUUAAAACAUUUGUAAUUUCAUGAGGAUGAAAUCCUGCCUGGAACUGAAAAUCAUAAAUAAAGUUUAAUAUUAUUUUCCUCA